AUGGCUACGACAGCCAGUAUAGCACACGUCUCGGACGAAACCACUACCCAUCCACAUGGAACAACAGAUCACUCAGUCGUCAAAGAUGCCUCGGUCCCAGCUGUUGCUGCUUCGACGGUAAUGGAAGAGACUGGCGAAGCCGAAAACAAACCGCAGAAGCGACCGCUAUUGACUGCCUGGCUGUACAUGUUCGAUUGGUACCCGUCCCAUCUUUCGAAGGAGGAAAAGAAGUUUCUCCGUAAACUCGACGCCUUCCUCUUGACAUUCACAUCACUGGCUUUCUUCCUGAAAUGGCUCGACUCUUCCAACAUCAACAGUGCCUACGUUUCUGGUAUGAAGGAGGAGUUGAAGCUAUAUGGUAACGAAUACUCGAUGUUCCAGACUUUCUACAACAUAGGCUACAUCAUCUGCCAAGUCCCGGCAAUGCUCCUAUUGUCUCGACCGAAGUAUUCGAGGUACUUUUUGCCGACUAUGGAGGUGCUCUGGAGCAUCCUGACGUUUGCUCAAUGCAAGCUCCAGAACGCCCCACAGAUCUAUGGUACACGAUUCUUGCUUGGUGUGCUUGAAACCCCCGUUGCCAGCGGAUCACUCUUCAUUCUUUCUUCGUGGUAUAAGCCAGAAGAACUGUUCAAGCGUGCAGGGCUCUGGUACGUAUCGAACAACAUUGGAGUCAUGUUUGGCGGAUAUCUUCAAGCAGCAGCUUAUAAGAACUUGAAUGGGGUUCACGGUAUGGCGGGCUGGAGAUGGCUAUUCAUCAUAGACGGAUGCAUCAGUCUCCCGAUCGGGAUCAUGGGUUACUUCAUUUUCCCAGGCAUGCCGACCAGCGGGAAGCCGUGGUGGCUUACUCAACAAGAGCACGAGAUCGGUCAGCGAAGAAUGCGAGAGGAGGGCAUCGAGGAGCCCAAGAAGAUUUCGGUUCAGAUGCUGAAACGUCUAUUUUUUCACUGGCACUGGUAUAUCGGGGUUCUGGCGUACGUCUUCUUCCUGUCUGGAGCUUAUCCUCACGGUCAAAUGGCCCUCUGGCUUAAGGACCAAGCAGACAAAUGGGGCAUCUAUACCGUGCCCCAGAUCAACACCAUCCCGACAGGAGCGCAAGGAGUCUCAGUCGUCGCGGCAGUCUUGGCUACAUCUCUAUGCAUGGUUUACCCUACUUGGGUUAUCUUUCAGAUCGUUAUGGCCAUCUUCAUGUUUGCAAACAUCGUACAGAUGGUGUGGUUCGUCCCCCACGGACUACACUUCGUCUCAUACUACCUCUUUGGCGUCAGCGCAGCCGUCACACCCAUCCUGGUUCCGACGGUGAACUACUGGCUCAAGGAUUCAGCCGAAGCACGUGCAUUUUGCACUGGAAGCAUGCUGACUCUUGGCUUCGCCAUCUCCAGUUUCUACCCACUGGUGGUCUUCCCAGUGGUGGAAGCCCCUCGCUGGAAGAAGGGAUACAUCGUCAACUUCUUCUUCAUUCUCGGCUGCUGGGCUUCUCUUUCCCUGGGCUUCUUCCUAUAUGACAGGCAGGAGAAACGUCGAAAGCAGCGGCAGCUCCUUGAUGCAGAUUCGUUGAAGGGUGACGACGUCAAGCAUGUCGACUAG